ACUGUGUCAGCAGGUGAACCUGGGAUUAUUUCAAUUGUAAUGUUGAUAGUUGAUGUAUCUUUAUUUUACUACGUAAAUGUUUAUAAAAAAUACAUUUAAUUGAACAAAAUGCAUAUGUAUUAGAGAUGUGAUUCCAUUAACCGCGAAUUAUGUUAUACGUCACUUUGAAGAAAACAAUUUAAUUGUAACUUAUCUACAGGUUUCCACCAAAACUAAGACAGAAGACAAAAUUAUACAUCAAUCAUGGCAUCAAAGUGGCGAUUGUUUACACUUCUUAUGUGGAAAAAUUUUACUGUUCGUAAAAGACAUUGGAAAAAUUGUUUAUUUGGUGAAAUUUUAAUUCCAGUGUUUCUAUUUAUAUUAAUUCAAGCCGUUCGAGAUUUUGGAGAUUUCAGCGCAUCACCUGAUAUUGAAUUGGAAGUGAAUGAUAUCAUUUUUCCAGUUCAAUCAAAAGGAGAUUUAUUAACAAUUGUUAAACAAUUGGAUCCUAGUAUUUAUUAUAUUCCAAAAAAUAAUUACACACAAAAUUUAAUGGAAAAAACUCGAAAUUGUCUUGGAUUGCAUCAUGAUAGUGUCAUUGGAUUUUAUUCAGAGGAUGAAUUAAUGAAAAAAUAUACUUCUAAAAAAUUGGAUGAUUUGUCAUCAAAGGUUGUGGCAAUUGUUUUUAAAAAUUCUGAACAGCUUAAUUUUCAGUCAAAACAUUUAGAAUAUAUAAUUAGACCCUAUAGUUCAUCUAUAAAAGGAAUUAAUAAUUUUCUUCUUGAUAAUCCAUUUGUUCAAACACAAAUGUGUUUGGAUGAAUCAUUUCUUAAGAUAACGAAGCCGCAUUCCUUUCUGAAAAGUAAUAUUACAAUGCAACGAAUGCCUUCUCCAUCACAAAUUUUAAAAAUGAAACCAAUGCAAAAUAUAAUUGGUACUAUGUAUGCAAUUGUAAUGGUUUAUGCAUUUUUAAUUCCCCUUACAAUUGAAACAACUUUUACUGCAAAUGAAAAGGAUAUAGGAGUGAAUGUUCUUAUGUCAAUGAAUGGCGUUAAAACAUACCAAAAUUUACGAAGUUGGUUAAUAAGUGGAAUAUUGUUUAGUAUUUUUUAUGUAGUACCACGUUUAAUUUUGUUUAAAAUAUCAUUCUCGUCUAAAACUUUACCAUACUUGUAUCAUGGAAAUAUUUUAUUGGUAGGAAUAAUGUUUUUUGCCCACGUUGCUCAUCUUUUGGCAUUUGGAAUCCACAUUACAUCCUAUUUCUCAAAAUCUAUAUUUAGAUCAUUGGUGAUUCCAAUUAUAUAUAUUGGAUCAUAUAAUUUGCAAAAAUUUUUGAUCUGGCAUCAGAAUUAUACUAUUAUUCCAUAUAUGGGAAUUUUUUUUCCCAAUAUGCUAUUAUACCGCUUGUGUGAGGAAAUAGAUUAUUAUGAAGGCAAAUUAAUUGGAGUUGGAUGGAAGAAUUUCUUUGUAGUUGGCGAUAAAAAUUAUACUGAUGCAGGAUGUUUAGGGAAUAUUUUAAUAUUUUCAAUUCUCGGCCUUAUAAUACAUUUUUCUUUGGCUUUGUAUGCUUCUGCUUUAUUUCCAGGAAAAUAUGGGGUUCCAAAACAUCCUCUAUAUUUUUUAAAGUUUUUCAAGUCAAAAAAAGUUUCAUCUGAGGAAGAAUCGUAUGAAUGCAAUUUUAAUAAUUUGGAAGGAAAACCAUUUGAGUCAGUGCCUCAAAAUGUUUACACACCUGGGAUUCAAAUUCGCAAUUUGAAAAAAUCAUACAUUACAAAUUGGUUUAGUGGAACAAAACAUGAUGCGCUUCAAGGAAUUUCAAUAGAUUUUUAUAAAGGACAAAUAACAACAUUACUUGGUCAUAAUGGAGCUGGUAAAACAACAAUGAUGUCAAUUUUAACAGGUAUAUUGAGUCCAUCAGAGGGAACAGUUUUUAUAAAUGGAAAAAAUAUCAGCGAGGAAUUGGAAGAAAUUAUAACCGAUGUGGGACUUUGUCCACAAGAAGAUAUACUAUUCCCUGAUUUUACUGUGUUUGAACAAAUUCAAUUCUUUGGUUUGUUAAAACAUAAAAAUAGAACAAGAUCUCAAGUAUCAAAUGACGUUUAUGAUUUACUAUUAAAAUUAAAAUUAUCCGACAAAUGGAAUCAAAUACCAGCAAAACUUUCCGGUGGUCAAAAAAGAAGAGUUUGUCUUGGCAUGGCAAUAAUUGGCAACGCCUCAACUCUAAUAUUAGACGAACCUACUUCUGGAAUGGAUCCUGAAACAAGAAGAGAAUCAUGGGAUAUUUUAUUGAAAAUGAGAGGAGAGAAGACAAUUUUGAUUAGUACACAUAAUAUGGAAGAGGCAGAUGUUCUUGGUGAUAGAACUGCAAUAAUUGAAUUGGGAAAAUUAAAAAGUUAUGGAACACCAUUGUUUUUAAAGAAAUUUUACGGUGAAGGUAAUAUGGAAGUAACAUUAUCAACAGAAGAUGGAUGUGACAUUGAGGAAAUAAAAAAACAAUUUUCAGUGGAAAGUCAAUUAAUAAGUUUUGAUGGUGGAAAAAUUGUCUUUAGCAUUCCAUUUAAUGAUCGUUUACCAAAUGAUUUGGAUAAAAUUGAAGAUGAAAAAACAAAACUUGGUGUAACUGGUAUAAGUGUUUCGUUAAUAACAUUGGAACAAGUUUUCCUUCGAGCAACCAAAGAAGAUAAUAGUGAUCCAAAUGACAACGAUAUUGUUUUAGAAGAAAUUAAAAAAGUGGAAGGUUAUCACCUUAUUUUACAAUCACUAUUUGCUCUGUUUAAAAAAAAAUUUUCUUACUUACGGAAGAAUAUAUUAACUCAUGUUUUAAUGAUACUUUUACCAUCAGUAGGAAUUAUGUUAAUGGCUGCAGGUUUUAAGAAAAUUAGUUAUACCGAUGAGAAACAAAUAAGAUUCGAUAAUUAUCCAAAUCCUAUUGCUUUCUAUUAUUCCAAUAACACAAAUUAUGAACAAAUGUAUAAAAGUAUUAUAGAAAGUUUUAAUGGAAAAAUAAUGACCUCUAUGGAAAAUAACAUUUCUUCAGCAUUACUUAAUUUCAGUAGAAAUGAUCUUUCUGUGUAUCAAAAUAAUUUACUUGCUGCUGCCACUUUUGAAAGUAUAAAAUCUCAAAAAAUUCAAAUUAAUGCAUUAUACUCGGAUAGUGUAUUUCAAAGUGUUCCAAUUUCUUUUAAUUUGAUAACCAAUACUAUAAUAAAAAUUAUCGCUGGACAGGAUUAUCAAAUUGAUAUUUCGAUUCAAAAUCUGCCAAAAAUUUUAAAUUUUCAUGAAUCUAUUAUGUCAAAAGAAGAAGAAGAUAUUACAAAAGUUGUUAUAUUUAUUGUAACAUUAUUGCCUGCUCUUGCUUUAUAUGUUAUUCAUCCACUAAAAGAAUUAUCAACUGGAAUUAAAGAUCUACAAAGAAUGACUGGAGUCACAAGCUAUUUAUAUUGGGGAUCAUUUUUUCUUUUUGAUUUUCUAUUAUUUUUAGUAACAAUAAUUAUCAUAUUAAUAUCAUUUUAUUUUCUGGAUAUAAUAAUGGAUUUGCGAAUAUUCUAUGGAACUGAAAUUGGUAUUAUGUUCCUGUCAUUAAUAUUAUUGGCAAUGAGUUCGUUUCCGUUUAUCUAUAUAUUCAGCUUUCUGAAGAAAAAAGUGAAUACUGUUGUAAAUAUUCUUAUCUAUGUAUUUACAUUAUCAGUUGUAAUUGAAUCGAUUCUAGAAAUGGUAAUUCAAGUUUCAUUGGGUUUUAAUGAAAAAUUAAUGAAUAUUCUUUCUGCCAUUAACACAAGAACUUUCAUGUUAAUACCAUCAGUCAGCUUUUUCUAUGGUCAAGUAAAUUUUUUUCAAAUUGCCAGCAAAAAUGCAUUUUGCCGAAAGCUGCCCAAGUAUUUAGAAAACUUUAAUUGCGACAAUGGAAACGAAUGCUGCGAUUUAAAAUGCUCUGAUGGUGUUUGUGAAAAGUCAUUUGAAUAUUUUGGUGAUUUCAGUAAAGCAGGAAGUCUUGGAGAAUGUUUAAUCUAUUUGGCCCUCACAUCUAUUUUAUAUUUCAUUAUUCUUGAAUUAUUCGAACGUAAUAUAAUAUCUUUGAUAAUUUUGAAAUUAAAGAAAAAAGAACCUUUAAAUAUUCAACAAAUUGAUGAUCAAGUAGCAAAUGAAAAAUCUCUAGUUUCAUCCGAAAUUAAUCGAAUUGAAAACAAAGUUAAAAAUCCAGACAUUAAUGGAGAAUAUUCUAUUAUUAAUACAAUUUCUGAAAGUGAAUCCAUUUAUUUAGUUCAUGAAUUAAGUAAAUAUUAUGGAGAUCUUGCUGCAGUGAAAGAAAUUAGUUUCAGUGUAAAGAAAAAAGAAUGUUUUGGAUUACUUGGUGUUAAUGGUGCUGGAAAAAGUACAACAUUUCGAAUGCUCACAGGAUUAGAAUUUCCAAAUAGUGGAACAAUGUAUUUAAAUGAAAAAGAAAUUUCUCUCCACAGAACAGAGUAUUUACGACAAAUGGGAUAUUGUCCUCAAAAUCAUGCUUUAAUAGAAUCACUGAAUUCUAGAGAACAUCUUGAAUUGUUUGCAUCACUUCGAGGAGUACCAUUAUCUCAAAUAUCCUCUGAAGUAGAAAAUUGGAUAAAGAAAUUAAAAUUGAAUCUUUGUGCAAAUCAACAAAGCGGUAAUUACAGUGGAGGAAAUAAACGUCGAUUAAAUAUUGCAAUAGCUCUAAUUGGAAAUCCUAAUUUGGUACUUUUGGAUGAACCAACAACAGGAGUUGAUCCCGCUGCUCGAAGAUCCUUGUGGCGUGUGAUUAAAACCUGUCAAUUAGCUGGACAAUCAAUUAUUCUCACUUCACACAGCAUGGAGGAAUGUGAAGCUCUUUGCAAUCGUUUGGUAAUUAUGGUAAAAGGACAAUUUGUUUGCAUUGGUCCAAGUGAACAAUUAAAACAACGUUUUGGAGCUGGUUUCGAUAUAAGUAUUAAACUUAAUCCAAGUAGAAGUGCGAAAGAUGUUUUAAAUGUUAAAGAAGAAAUGUUAGAAGCUUUAGAGUGUGAACUUCGUGAUGAACAUGUGGGAUAUUUAACGUAUCACGUUACUAAUUCAACAACAAAAUGGGAAACAAUGUAUGGCGUUAUGAAAUCGCUGAAAGAUAAGUACAAUUUUAUUGAAGAUUAUUCAAUUUUGUCAGCAACAUUAGAGCAAUUAUUCUUACAAUUUGCAAGGGCUGACAAUGAAAGUAGUUAUCUUUAAAUAAUUUUCUUUAUUAAUUUAAAAAUAAUAUACGUACAUAAAAUUUUGCAAAAUAUUCAAAUUUGCAAAACACUAUUUUUGAUGAAAAUAUUUUAAAUAAGUUUCAUUUUUGAUGCAAUUUUCUUUUGCAUACAAUGUGAUAAUGCUUAUAUACUUAUGCAUAAGAGUCUGAAAUGUAUUUUUAACUUCUGACAAGAAAAACAAUCUCAAUGUUGCUUACUAUAUAUAUAUAUAUAUAUACUAUAAAAUACUAGCUCAAUUACUAUUGCCGUUUUAAUAUUUUUAAUUUGAAAUAAGACUUUAAUAGAGAGGCUCUUAUUUUUUUAUAAUUUAACAAUAUAGAUAGACAUAUAAUUAUUAGAACUACUCCAUUUAAAAUGAAUGCCUAAAAUUAGUUAUAUUACAGUAUUUAUAGUCUAUAAUUAUUAAAUGCCUAAUUGUGCCUAUUUCAAUAAUUAAAUAUGGUGCAAAAUUUUUGUUUGCGAACAGCAAAAAUUUGAUCGUAUGUAUUUCAAUUUUUCUAAAAAAAAUUAUCUUUUUAAUUAUAUAAAUACUUAUUUUUUAUAUUAAACUUUUUGAAUAUUAAUUUACAAAUAUUUUUACACACAAUGAAAAAAAUGAUUAAGAAAAAAAAAAAAUUAAUCACUUUAACGAAAAAAAAAAAUGUAACGAUAUUUUUGCUACAAAUAGAAUUUUAUGAGGGAAUAAUUAUUGUCAAUUUUGACAUAAAUUCAAUAUUUGUAUUUUAUUAUUAAUUAUAAUAAUAUUAAUUGUACUUUUUUUUUAUUAAUUAUAAUAAUGUAAGUUUAUUAUAAACAGCUGUGAUUGAAAUCAAGGUAUUAUUGUUAUCUAAAAGCUAAUAAUUGUAUUUCCAAUUACAAUAGAUACGUUAUAUAAGAAGAUAACUUAUAACAAUAUAUAAUAAGCACAAUUACACAAUUUAAAUGUUUAUAUCUUCUUCUAUCAUUAAAAAAUUGAGUAGCAAUUUUUCAAUUAGAAAAAUUUCAUUUAAUUCUUUGAAAAUAAUUUUUUUUUUAUAUGAUUCUGUUAGAAAUAAUUAAAAAAAAAAUUCAUAAAAUUUUAUGUAUAAACGAAGACAUCGAUAUUGUGUAUUAUAUUUAGUUGAUAACUGAUGCAACUAUCAAUGACAAACAAAAAUUUAAUUAAACCAAAUUGAAAUUCAAUCUAUCUGUAAUAAUUAAUUAAUUUCUCAAAUAAUAAAUUAUAAUUUAUAUAUAUAAAAAU